AUGUCUUGCUUACCGAACCGGACUUCAGACACGGCAGAAAACACCAUCCUCAGCAGAUUAUCUGAGGCUCUACCCGGCGGCAACUUCAUCCGGCUAAUGAUCCUUGAGCCUGGCGAACAUGAAGACGAAUUGUCUUGCGUGAUUCAACUAAUGAAUCUUGAUAAUCCCGUCUCCUACGAAGCUAUCUCCUACGUGUGGGAGAGCACACACCGAGACCACCCCAUACAGAUCUCAGGACAGACCUUCCAGAUCACCGCCAACCUGGACCGCACUCUGCGUCGAAUGCGCUCGCGCGUUACGCCUCGCACGCUGUGGGCGGACUCAGUCUGCAUCAACCAGGAUGACUUGGCCGAGCGAGCGAGUCAGGUCCUGCUAAUGGGUCAGGUCUAUCAAACAGCCAAGAGGGUCCUUAUGUACCUGGGCGAAGAUGAUGACAGCCACGGAGAGGCUGUCAAGUCCUUGGUAUCGGAGAUUGAUGAUAUGGUUAUUGACGGAAUCAGACGAACCGGAGAGUCGUGGAAUUCCUUCCCGAUCCUGAAUUCGGAUGAACAGGAAGUUUACCUUGCAGACACGAGGUGGCACAGUUUAAUCCUUAUGACACACCAGUCUUGGUUCACGCGUGGCUGGGUAGUCCAGGAGGCGAGCCUGGCUGCCAGCGGCUUGAUGUUGUGGGGUCUCACUGAGAUCCCCUGGCGGUCCUUUUUAAACACCUAUACCUGGAUGAUCCGGAGACUUCCACAGGUGCGAGUCAAGUAUGGAGACGACAGCCGCGGUAUGAACCGUCUCCAUCUCGAGCUGUACCGGAUGCAGAACAAGGCGGAAACGAUGCCACUUUACACGAAACAAGCGAUCGAAUUCGACUUUCUCAUCAUCCUCCACGAUGCCAGGGCCCUCUCCGUCAAGGACCAACGAGAUCGAGUUUAUGCCUUUAUGUGCCUUGCCAGCACCGCUGGGCUGAAUCUACACAUACGCCCAAAUUACUCUGAUGAAACAAGGCCCAAGGACGUCUACCUCGAUUUGGCUCGGGGGUAUCUGCAGUCAACUGGGAAUCUCAACAUACUGCAUUGCGUCCAGCAUACCGAAGCCAGCUUUCAUGACAAGUUUCCUUCCUGGGUACCGAGGUGGGAUCUUAACCUCUUCGAUAACAUCGUCACGCACACAUCAGCACCGACCCUCAUUCCUACGGAAGUAAAACCAGUAGUUUCGCGGGACAACAUCUUGCAUGUCACGGGGGUCAUCUUUGAUGAGGUCAUCUUUGCAUCCAAGACGUUGUCACGGGAUGUCUCAAUUCACGACAUAAAAACAAUUUGGGACCAAGUCUCUGAAUCCCAUAGCGCAUCAGCGUACUCACCUGCUUUCAAAGCCUUGGCAUUCUCCCAGAUCCUUGCAAUGGGCCGAUCGUGGGGCGCUGAAUGGCCCGAGUGGGUAUCAUGGAGAACGGCCUACAUCAACUUGUGUCUGGGCCAAAGCGGCUAUGUAUCCAAAGCAGACGAACCCCUAAACAAUGGGAUCAAUGCCUUUCACACGUAUGCGCAAUGGAAUAUGCACAAUCGACGGAUCGUUGUCACAAGGAGGGGGUUCUACGGGGUCGUUCCUCAUACAACUGAGCCCGGGGAUCUUACGUGUGUACUAUUUGGCGCGAAAUCAUGCAGUGUAUUGCGCAAGAGCUCAACACCUGGUCGAUACAGGCUUGUUGGUGAUGCUUAUAUUCCUGGCAAUUCGCCACCGAGAUAUAGGAACGGGGGCGACGUGAUUCCUUCUGCUGGGUUCGAAAAUUAUCGCGACUGGGCGUCUUGGGUCUCCGAAGACCAGGUAAUUUCCCUAUGUUGA